GGAGGGAGUGUGUGGUGGGGGGUAUCUGACGAGCGUCAACGUGGAGUUGGUGAGCGCCUAUUAAAGGUCUGGCUGUUCGCUCGCGGUGAUAACCGAGUCUAUUCACAGGCUGUACAGGGGGAUCUUUCUUGGCACAGCGGGGAUCACAGCUGGUGCAUCUGCCAGUCAUCUGGGUCAACCCAUGGCGCCUGGGUCUGUCCCGUGACCUCCCCUGCCAGCGAGAGUCUCAAGCUGCACCGAGCCUGGUGCAAGCGCUUUGGUGACGUCACCACGACGAAUGUUGUAAACCCGCUGACACCGCGCGCCCCACUCGCUGCUGGACAUCUGUGGAAAAAGGAGCUUCACCGGAUUCCCAUCUGCCGUCGACAAACAAAGAUGGACUACGACUCGGUGAUGCUGAGGACCGGUGGCAUGGGGCGCUUCCAGUGGGCCGUGCUUCUGCUCACGUGGCUGCCCAACGUGCCGCUCGCCUUCAAUCUCCUGUCCGACGCAUUCUUCACGGCCUCGCCGCGCCACCACUGCCGCCCAGGCCACUCGGGGCCAGCGCCCCCUGCUGCCUGGGGGAAGGGGAGCGCCGACCGGGAGGCGCUGCUGAACCUCACCGUGCCCUGGGAGGUGGACCCCCGCCGGGCGGGGGCACGUGCGGAGCUCCUGCAUGGAGUUUGUGUUCCCUCCUCCUCCGUCACCUCCUCCUCCGUCACAUCCGUCACCUCCUCCUCCGUCUCCGUCGCCACGAACGGAGGCCCCAGGCGGCGACGGAGGCAACCGGUGCCGGGGGGAGCCCCCCGGGGGCUGGGCCGCUGCUCCCACGGCUGGGAGUUCGAGGCCGGCGCCGAGGGGCUCACCGACAGCAUCGUGACCACCUGGGAGUUGGUGUGCGAGUCCAAGUGGCUGGUUCCCCUGGAACAGUUCAGCUUCCAAGUGGGUGCGGUCGUGGGCUGUGUGCUGACGGGCAUCGCCGGUGACAGGUGGGGACGCCGCCCGGUGCUGCUGGCCAGCGCGGCCCUGGUGGCGGUGGCGGGCGGCGCGGCCGCCCUGGCGGUAAACCCGGCCAUGUUCUCUGCCCUGCGCUUCCUGGAGGGGGCCGCCCUCUCCGGUGUCUUCCUCGCUCUCUACGUCCUCCGUGUGGAGGUGAGCGACACCACUCACCGUCUCCGCGUGGCCAUGGCGGGCGACCUGCUGCUGGUGGCUGGCCAGCUGCUGCUGCCGGGCGUCGUGCUGCUGUGCCGACACUGGCGGCUGCUGCAGGGGGCGCUCGCCGGCCCUUUCCUGCUCGUCGUCGCCUGCUGGCGCGCGAUCCCCGAGUCGACGCGCUGGCUGCUGGCGACUCAGCAGCGGCUGCGUGCGCGCGUCGCCGUGCAGCUGGAGGCGACGCGCAACGGCAUCAACGUGGAGGGCGAAGACUUCGCCGAGCUGGACGCGACACUGGGGGGCCGCGUGGGGACGCAGCGACACAGCCUCCGUGACGUCGGCCGAUCCAAAAACAUCCUCAAGAACAUCCUCAUCCUGUCCUUCACCACGUUCAUCGGCAACGCCAUCCACCACUGCUUCGAGCGCAACCUGCGGGCGGCCGUCGUGGCCAUCGCCGCGGCGGCGACGGUGACUACGGCGGCGGUGACUACGGCCGCGGUGACUACGGCGGCGGUGACUACGGCGGCGGUGACUACGACUACAUCAGCGACGGCGGCGGCGGCGGCGACGGCGACUACGGCGACGUACUUCUCCGGGGCGGGGGCUCGCGCCGCCGCCUGCCUCGCCGUGUGGGCCGCCGCCGGGCGUCUGGGCCGCAGGGCCACGCUGCUGCUGGCCGCCGUCGGCACGGGCGGCGUCUCCCUGCUGCAGCUGGCGCUGGCGCAGUACCUGCCUGUGGCCCUGGUGACGCUGCUGUCUGUGCUGGGCCUCUUCUCGUCCAGCGCCAUGGCCAUCCUCAGCGUCCUCUUCGCCGCCGAGAUCAUCCCCACCGUCAUCCGCGCCACGGGCCUGGGCCUGGUGCUGUGCAGCGGUGCCCUGGGCCGCCUCAUGGUGCCCGUCAUGGACCUGCACGACAACCGCGGCUCCUUCCUCUUCCACGUGGUGCUCGCCUCGCUCGCCGUGCUCGCCGUGCUCGCCAUCAUGCUGCUGCCCGAGAGCAAGCGCAAGCGCCUGCCCGACGACCUGCGCCAGGGCGACCGCUACCGCCGCCCGCCGCUCUUCACCGCCACCAGCUUCACCUUCGCCGGCGGCGACCGCGGGCGCGGCGGCGGCGACGACGGCGGACGCGAUGGCGGCCGCGACGACCGCGACGGCGGGCGGCGGCGCCUGGGGGACGUGCCGCUGCUGGCGGGCGCCGCCGGCGGCGGCGGCGGCGGCGGCUUCGCGUUCCUCCCGGCGGACGACGACGACGAUGACGCCGGCGCGGACGCCGACGCCGUCGCCGGUGCGGACGCCGACGACGGCGUCGGCCCAGCGGGGAUGCGGGGCGGAGAUCGUCGGCUGGCACUGGAGGGCCACGUGGUGGAAGCGGCGCUGCUGCCCCCGCCGCCGGCGCCGCCCGGUCGGAGCCACGUCCCCGAGACCGGCGCCGGCCGCGGCGCCAGCGGCGGGCGGCGCCGGCGCGGGGAGGUCAAGCAGGGCCCAGGCGCUGUGCUCACGACGCGUUCACCGGCACGGCACACCUCAAAAUAG